AUGGCCUCUCGCAGCCGCGACGCGCGGGAUCCGCGUGAGGCGAGUCGUCCUGAGGACGGACGGUGCGCGGCAGCCAGGCAGGAAGCCCGUGCGGCGCUGGCGGAAGCUGAGGCCAAGGCCUGUCAGGCGGAGGAGUUGUGUCAGCAGAAGCAGAACGAGGCCCUAGCGGCCAACGAACGAUCGGAGAAGGCCAAAGCCAGAUCCAAGGAGGUUGCGGCAGCCAUGGAGAAAAAGAGAAGCCAGGCCGUUGAUUUGGCCGCAGAGGCUGAUCGUCGGAUGCGUGAGGCGGAGAUCGCCGCAAAGCAGGCGCACGAAGCAGAGGUGGACGUGGAGCGUUUUAAGGAGUCGGUGGUCGCUGCGGAGCAAGAGGCCCACGAGGCCAAUCUGGCCACGGCACACUGCGCGAAGGAAGCGGCGGUGGCGAAGCACGAGGCCCACCUGGCUGUCGAAUGGGGAGUCGACCAAUUCGACGGUCAUUUUAUGUGGGGACCAUCGGAGAAGAAUUUUCCAACGGUAUGA